AUUAUGUGGAUUCCUCGGCCAAUGUUCCGACGUGCUCUCCUCUCCCUCUCUUCUCUACUCUCCAACUGUAUGUGUUGCAAAACUUGACCUGUCCCUUUCCUUUUUUGCAGUCAAAAUCCCAACACCUAACCGUUUUAGUGUGAGUGCUGUAGUGAAGGGUCAUCGCAGUGUCUUUUAUUUGACAUUUGGUUUCCAAUGGCAACUGGGUUUUCAAACUUUCGCUUUCCAUGUUCCUCUUCACCACUGUGACUGCAGCAAGAAACUCCUUCAAAAGGGUUGCUAGGUUGGUUUCUGCAUUCCCGCUGUCUGGUUUGUUUUCUUAACUGCUUAAAGUCAGCAGCUUGGUUUCUUGCAAUUGGUUUUUGGGAGCUGUUUGGAGAAGGGUUAAUUGUUUGAGCUUGGAAAAGUGGUCCUUCUUCCUUUACUUUCAUUUAUGGGGAAGAUCACAACUUCUGCAACCCAACCUGUAUCUCAAGAAGCUUCCAAUUAUGAUGAGGUUUUUAUGCAGCAGAGCUUGCUCUUCGAUGAUAGUUUGAAGGAUUUGAAGAAUCUGAGAGCACAAUUAUAUUCAGCUGCUGAAUAUUUUGAACUCUCUUAUACCAACGAUGACCAAAAGCAAAUAGUGGUAGAAACAUUGAAGGAUUAUGCCAUCAAAGCUCUAGUAAAUACAGUGGACCAUUUAGGUUCUGUGACCUACAAAGUAAAUGAUCUGUUGGAUGAGAAGGUCGUUGAAGUUUCUGUUGCAGAACUAAGAGUAUCUUGUAUUGAACAGAGAAUAAAGACUUGCCAAGAGUAUAUGGAUCAUGAGGGGCGUACCCAACAGUCAUUGGUGAUUAGUACUCCAAAAUAUCACAAGCGUUAUAUCCUGCCAGUUGGGGAGACCAUGCAUGGUGCCAACUACACAAAGUCAAAAUAUGAGGGUUACAACCUAGAUGAUGAAGAUGACUGGCCUCACUUUAGGAAUGCUGUUCGAGCAACAAUUAGAGAAACACCGCCAUCUACAGCAAGAAGAGGGCGUUCUCCAUCACCUUCUUUACAACCUCAGAGAUCUGGAGCUUUUUCAUUCACUUCUUCAUCCACGCCUAAAAAAGAUUUAGAGAGGCGAUCGGUUUCGCCAUAUCGGUUCCCCCUUCUGCGCACCGGAUCUCGGUCAAGUAGGCCUACUACACCCAAGAUAAGUAGACCAACCACACCAAAUCCGAGCAGACCCACCACACCAAAUCCUUCCAAUGCUAGACAAAGGUACCCUUCAGAGCCACGCAAAUCAUCUUCAAUGCGAUUAUAUGCCGAAAGAGACCCUGCCAAAGACGUAGAACAGUACCCCAGUAAGAGUAAACGUCUCUUGAAGGCCUUACUAAGUAGGCGCAAGUCUAAGAAGGAUGACAUGCUAUACACAUACUUGGACGAGUACUGAUACGGUAGAACCUAUAGAAAGCAAGGGAACUAUUCAAAUAUGUCAUAGAAUCUUUGAAACAAGUCAAAUUUUGCUUGCUAGUUUGAUAGGCUGCACUUCUUUGUCGUUUAAAUCAACAUUUUUAUACAGUACUUUUCCUUUGUCUUUGUUUUACUUUCUGUAACUAAGCACCUCAAAUUAUGAUGUGUGAUAGUGUAAUAGCUCAAGCGUUGUUCUGAACAAUGAAUGUUGUUAUAUAAUCAAGUAAAGUUGGCACCAUUUAUCUUUU